GCGGUGGAGACUCGCGUUCCCUCCAGCCCCUGGGGCAGAACUUUCUCGCCCCCCCUCCUCCCUCCCCCGCAGUCGGACUCCCUCCCCAGCCGGCCAGUCCUCCCGGAGGAGAAGGCGUCGCGGAGACAGCCCGGGCGGGGGCCUACCUUCCCCAGGGCCGGCAUCAUGUCGGCGGCGCAGGUGUCCUCGUCCCGGAGACAAUCUUGCUACCUGUGCGACCUGCCCCGCAUGCCUUGGGCCAUGAUCUGGGACUUCUCGGAACCCGUAUGCCGCGGUUGCGUCAACUACGAGGGCGCCGAUCGCAUCGAGUUCGUGAUCGAGACCGCGCGCCAGCUGAAGCGGGCGCACGGCUGCUUCCAGGACGGCCGCUCCCCUGGGCCGCCGCCGCCCGUCGGGGUCAAGACAGUGGCCCUGUCGGCUAAGGAAGCGGCGGCGGCGGCAGCAGCAGCAGCGGCCGCGGCCGCCGCGCAACAGCAGCAGCAGCAACAGCAGCAACAGCAGCAGCAGCAACAGCAGCAGCAGCAGCAGCAACAGCUCAACCACGUUGAUGGUUCCAGCAAGCCUGCGGUGUUGGCGGCCCCGUCUGGCCUGGAGCGCUACGGCCUGAGCGCGGCAGCUGCCGCCGCCGCCGCUGCCGCCGCCGCGGUGGAACAGCGCAGCCGCUUCGAAUACCCGCCACCGCCGGUGAGCCUGGGAAGCAGCAGCCACUCCACGCGGCUGCCCAACGGCCUGGGGGGCCCAAACGGCUUCCCCAAACCAACACCGGAGGAGGGACCCCCAGAGCUGAACCGCCAGAGCCCCAACUCGUCUUCAGCGGCGGCGUCGGUGGCGUCUCGGCGUGGGACGCACGGUGGGCUGGUGACGGGGCUGCCCAACCCGGGGGGUAGCGGAGGUCCCCAGCUUACUGUGCCCCCCAACCUGCUGCCGCAGACGCUGCUUAACGGCCCGGCCAGCGCCGCGGUACUUCCCCCACCCCCUCCCCAUGCUCUGGGCAGCCGUGGGCCCCCAACGCCUGCUCCCCCAGGGGCUCCUGGGGGCCCCGCUUGUCUCGGGGGUACCCCAGGUGUAUCGGCCACGUCGUCCUCCGCGUCGUCUUCGACCUCUUCGUCGGUGGCAGAGGUGGGCGUGGGUGCUGGUGGCAAGAGGCCCGGCUCGGUGUCGAGCACAGACCAGGAGCGCGAGUUGAAGGAGAAGCAGCGCAACGCCGAGGCCCUGGCCGAGCUGAGCGAGAGCCUGCGCAACCGCGCCGAGGAGUGGGCCAACAAGCCCAAGAUGGUCCGCGACACGCUGCUCACGCUGGCUGGCUGCACGCCCUACGAGGUUCGCUUCAAGAAGGACCAUUCGCUCUUGGGCCGCGUUUUCGCCUUCGACGCGGUCUCCAAGCCCGGCAUGGACUACGAAUUGAAGCUGUUCAUUGAGUACCCCACGGGCUCGGGCAACGUGUACUCCAGUGCGUCUGGUGUGGCCAAGCAGAUGUACCAGGACUGCAUGAAGGACUUCGGCCGGGGCCUAUCCUCGGGUUUCAAGUACCUAGAGUACGAAAAGAAGCACGGCUCCGGGGACUGGCGCCUGCUUGGGGACCUGCUCCCCGAGGCCGUGCGCUUCUUCAAGGAGGGCGUGCCCGGCGCUGACAUGCUGCCCCAACCCUACCUGGACGCCAGCUGUCCCAUGCUGCCCACGGCGCUGGUGAGUCUGAGCCGCGCCCCCAGCGCACCCCCGGGGACCGGGGCCCUGCCGCCCGCGGCGCCCUCGGGCCGGGGCGCAGCCGCCAGCCUGCGCAAAAGGAAGGCCUCUCCGGAGCCCCCGGACUCAGCCGAGGGCGCGCUGAAGCUGGGCGAGGAGCAGCAGAGGCAACAGUGGAUGGCGAACCAGAGCGAGGCGCUGAAGCUCACCAUGUCCGCCGGGGGCUUCGCGGCGCCGGGACACGCGGCAGGGGGUCCGCCUCCGCCGCCCCCACCUCUGGGACCCCAUUCUAACCGGACCACCCCACCUGAGUCAGCCCCCCAGAACGGUCCGUCCCCCAUGGCCGCCCUCAUGUCGGUGGCAGAUACUCUGGGCACAGCGCACUCGCCCAAGGAUGGCAGUUCCGUGCACUCUACCACUGCGUCCGCGCGGCGCAACAGCAGCAGCCCAGUCUCGCCGGCCUCCGUGCCGGGGCAGCGCCGCUUGGCAUCACGUAAUGGGGACCUGAAUUUACAGGUGGCGCCCCCGCCACCUAGCGCCCACCCGGGCAUGGACCAAGUGCACCCCCAAAACAUUCCGGAUUCCCCCAUGGCCAACAGCGGACCUCUGUGCUGCACCAUUUGCCACGAACGUUUGGAGGACACGCAUUUCGUUCAGUGCCCGUCCGUCCCCAGCCACAAAUUUUGCUUCCCUUGCUCUAGAGAGAGUAUCAAGGCCCAGGGGGCCACCGGCGAGGUGUAUUGCCCCAGCGGUGAGAAAUGCCCCCUAGUCGGGUCGAAUGUACCUUGGGCCUUCAUGCAGGGCGAAAUCGCGACUAUCUUAGCUGGGGAUGUUAAAGUGAAAAAGGAAAGAGACCCUUGAACCACUGGGUAGCCACCUCCUUUGCCCUAGACCAGCUUCUCUCCAAUCCUGAGGGCCCCUCCCCCAACCCACCUCGACCCUCCCUUCCCUCACCCCCAAGGUGUAGAAUUGUGAAUAUAACAAAACUGCAAAAAGUUAGUCUUAU